CCUGCUGAGUUCUCCGGCUGCCAGCCAUACCUCACGCUGGUCCCCGCACCGCUGGCUUGCUCCGUCCAGGCCACACGCUCAAACGGCUCCGGAGCAGACACCGCGCACUGGCGUCGAGCCGGCUAGGCGUCCCAGAAGGGCAUAGGGGCAAGGGAGCAAGGUCAGUGCUCCUUGCAUACCUGCAGGCUGAUGUACGAGCCUCCGAGCCCACGCGCACGCACCGCUCGCGCACUGAGGCCGCCGUCCUGGUACGCCGCACCAUCCGCCCACGGCCACACGGACGACGCGCCCUUCGACGACGCGAGUGGGACUGCGCUGCACACCUACCUUACGAGGCUCGCACAGCCCUUUGAUGACCCAUACGAGGAACUAUGCCGCUCCUUCAACGUCCACAAGACACCCGUCACUCUCCUUCCAGAUCGCACUGUCCCGCCCACUAUAUGCAUGCCCGUUCGCCGCGACGCGCAUAUGCCCACACAUGGGCUCGUUAUCCUCCCGUCAUACACCGCUCCUUCCCCGUCUGCUUCGUCUUCCACACCCUCGCCGACCAACUCCUCCUUCCCCGGCUCGCUGCGCCCACACGCACUCCCCGUCAACGUCGACCUCUUCGCGCAACGCUUCACAUACGACCUCUCACGUCUCUCCGCUGACGACGCGUCCGCAAUGGGCUCGACGCUCCCCGUGCCUUUCUACGCCGAAACCGGCGUCCAGUGUGUCGAGCUGCCGACCAUCGCCCUGGCCCUCCCCCACCCGCCCUCCGUCCCGCUCCUCCUGUUCUUCGGGCUGGACCUACCGCUGCCCCCGUCCACCCCACCGCCCUCCCCAUCAUCGUCCAGCACGCCGGAGUGCUCGUCGCGGCGAAAAAGCGGCACGUCCGGACUGGACACGUACACCGGCCUUCUCGCCACCUUCCUCCUCCCCACGCACGUCAUCAACGAGUUCCCGUCGGGCCCCGCGAUGGCCUCCGCGCUCCUCCGCGCCCCACACGCCCCCUACCGCACCGCCGCGCACUCCGACGCGGGGUCCAGCGCGGGCUCGGGCUCGGAGUGGGACUCGGACGCGGACGAGCCGGCGGCGCAUGACGCCGCGGUAACGGAUGCGCAGCUGCGCGAGCGCACGGCGUUCGUGGGGGGCCUCUGGGCGAACGUCCUCGCGCUCGGGCCGCGCGACGGGCGGAUCGUGGACAUGGUGCGCUCUGCGUGGAAUGUGUGCAGGGAGGCAGGGCGGAUGCGCGAGCUCGAGGGGCGCGCGCGCGGGAGGCAGAGGCGCUAGCCUCGGACCCCGCCCCCUCCAUGGCUCGGACGGGGGGCUUCGACAAUCACGACAUGACAUACAGACGAGACGAGCAGGCGCGGGGGGAUCUGGGCAUAGCCCGGAACAACCACACCACUCCUUCGACCCCGCCCCUGCCUUGCGACCCAAAAGCACCGACGGGUGCGCGGACCCACAUCGACGUUCCUUCAGUUUUACAUAUAUACGCUCACUCUCCGGAUUGGACCCACUCACCUAGUAUCGUGCUGCUGCCUGUAUAGAUACCA